UAUGGCUGGUAUUGCUACGUACCCCAACUUCAUGGUUGCUUGGUGGGAUGUUGAUACGGUCUUAUUGCCGAUUCAUUCAUCCCCUAAUCAUUGGCUAUUUGGGGAACUACGAUUAGCGUCAAUGGAAGUGCAUAUUUAUGACAGUCUUGGUAGAGGUGCUUAUGAAAAAUUCCAAUCCGAAGGAAUCUUUUCCAAAUUUGAACGUCGGGUGGCAAAUUAUUUGGACAAGAUUAAGUAUUGGGCCCGGAGGAACAUCCCAAGAAUUCCAUUGAAUAUGCAAUUCAUUUAUGAAGAAAACGUUCCCCAACAAAGUAGUCAUUUGGGAGAUUGCGGUGUUUUUCUUUGUAUGUUUAUGGAGCAAUUGGUUUCAGGUCAACCAAUACGUGUUCUUAUUGACCCAAAGAACGCAGCUUUAGAAUUCGUACCUUCCUUAGGUGCAUGA